GAUUACAGGGUGAACAUCUUCCUGCGACAGCAGUGGAAUGACCCGCGGCUGGCAUACAACGAAUACCCUGAUGACUCUCUGGACCUGGACCCCUCUAUGCUGGACUCCAUCUGGAAGCCUGACUUGUUCUUUGCUAAUGAGAAAGGGGCCCAUUUCCAUGAGAUUACCACAGACAACAAGCUUCUGAGGAUCUCCAGAAAUGGCAAUGUCCUCUACAGCAUCAGGAUCACGCUGACUCUGGCCUGCCCCAUGGACCUGAAGAACUUCCCCAUGGAUGUACAGACAUGCAUCAUGCAGUUAGAAAGCUUUGGCUACACAAUGAAUGAUCUCAUCUUUGAAUGGCAAGAAAAAGGAGCCGUGCAAGUUGCUGAUGGGCUGACUUUGCCUCAGUUUAUCCUCAAAGAAGAAAAAGACUUGAGAUACUGCACAAAGCACUACAACACAGGCAAGUUCACCUGUAUAGAAGCUCGUUUCCACCUGGAGCGGCAGAUGGGCUAUUACUUGAUCCAGAUGUACAUCCCCAGCCUCCUUAUUGUCAUUCUGUCCUGGAUCUCCUUCUGGAUCAAUAUGGAUGCUGCGCCUGCUCGUGUUGGCCUGGGGAUCACCACAGUGCUCACUAUGACCACACAGAGCUCUGGUUCCCGAGCAUCACUGCCCAAGGUGUCCUAUGUGAAGGCCAUAGACAUCUGGAUGGCCGUGUGCUUGCUGUUUGUGUUCUCCGCACUUCUAGAGUACGCUGCCGUCAAUUUCGUGUCUCGGCAGCACAAAGAGCUGCUCAGGUUCAGAAGGAAGAGGAGGCAUCAUAAGGAGGAUGAAGCUGGUGAAGGCAGGUUCAACUUCACCGCCUACGGGAUGGGACCCGCUUGCCUACAAGCCAAGGAUGGCAUCUCUGUCAAGGGCGCCAACAACAACAACACAGCCAACCCGGUCCCCCCGCCAUCCCGCUCCCCCGAGGAGAUGCGAAAGCUCUUCAUUCAGCGAGCCAAGAAGAUCGACAAGAUCUCGCGCAUCGGCUUCCCUAUGGCAUUCCUCAUCUUCAACAUUUUCUACUGGAUCAUCUACAAGAUCGUCCGCAGAGAGGAUGUGCACAACCAGUGA